AUGGCGUCGUCUGUCGAGAAGCCCGCGCCGGCGAAGCUCAAGACGCGCUCCGAGUUCUCGGUGACGCUGGAGGUAGCGCCGUCCACUGCCGACGCCUGGUAUCGAUACGAGUACAAAGAAGCAGGUUCCACGUGGGAACAGAGCGCGCAGCACGUGGACGCGGCGAUCGGAGCCUCUGAGGUGGUUCUGGACGAUCUCAACCCGACCAGCACGUACGAAGUUCGUAUCUACGCGGUCUCCAAGAAUGGGGACGGUAAAGAGCAAGUGUCAGCGCCCAGUGAAGUCGCCGCAGUGGAUACAGACGUGCCGGGCUGCGGACCAGACUCGAGCCAAGGUUGCUUGUGCACGAUCCAAUGA